UCCCGGUAUCAUCAACACUCAUCGGAACAAGCAAGCAUCUCGAGUGGUCUCUUCUACCUGCUCAUACAGACAAAUCGUCGCAUUCUGUCAUGAAUACCAAGAAUACCAUCGCCGUUACUUGUACACUGGCUGUGCUUCUGGGCAUAGCGACCUUAGUGGCGGCUACUUCUUACCAGUCCCAGUGCUACAACGACACGGACUACGAUGUCGAUGUCAAGAUCAACGUGAUACUAGGGCUCGAUGUCCUGGGCCUGAUCACCGUCGUCAAGCACACGGUGAUAGACAUCCUCUACACUCUCAGCGGUUUGAUAGCUGGUCUGCUCGGACUCACAUGGAACCUCAGCUGCAAAAUCAACAACAUCAUCUACAGUUGUGACGUCUAUGUUCCAGUGGGUGGCACAGUGAGGUGCUAUGAAGAUCUGAGCAAGAUCGCGGUGUCGGUCAAUGGCGUUUUCCAGAAGUACAUGACCUCAUAGAUGACAUAUCUGAGAAUAACAACGAUGAGUCUUCUGGAUGCUUGGUGGCGAGUUCCGUACUCGCGGUCUCCUGCGGAAGUGAUGUCUUGAGCACAAGAUGAUGAUGUGUAGGUGUAAUUGAUGAGCCUACGCUCAUACAGAAUCCUUGCUACUACUCUUUAUGUAUAGUUGUGUACGAGAACGUAGACCAUCAGAGGAUGCAUUUAAGCUGUAAGAGGUGUAGCAAUAAUAGACCAGCUUGCUUAGAAUGAGUACAAUGAGCAUCCUGGGAAGCAGCUUUGAGGCCGCCCCCUUUACAUUCCUCACUUGAAGAAUUUUUCUGGAAAAACUGUUCAAUAAACAAUUGUUCUAAACAUUUUGGCUG